AUGGCAGCCAAGAUUGAGGCGGAGAGAUUGAAUUAUUUUCGCCUGAAUCAAGCAUCGUUGAGAUCGACAACUUAUAAAGGCCUUAUGGAUGCAUUAAACGACAAUCAUGAUUUGGAAAACAUCGGAAGGCGCAUCAUCCUCUCUUCGACAUUUGUCGGUGGACCGAGAUACAUGAUGGAACGAUGCCAGGACGCCAUGAUGCACGUUCGGAAGUAUGGCAAUGCUUCAUUCUUCAUUACCAUGACUUGCAAUCCGAACUGGAGCGAGAUCCGACCGUCCCUCUUUGACAGUCAGGAGCCGUGUGAUAGACCAGACUUGAUCGCAAGUGUUUUUGAUCUGAAAAUGAAGAUAUUCAUCAAGUACGUCACUGGACCAAAUGGCCUCUUUGGCAACUGUAUAGCUUUUGUCUCCACUGUGGAAUAUCAGAAGAGAGGCCUGCCUCAUUUGCAGUGUCUGCUGUGGCUUGAUGAAGCAACUAAGCCAACACCAAAUGAUUUUGACACAUUUGUGCAAGUUGAAAUACCAGACCCGCAAGUGGUUCCUGAGCUGUGUGAAUUGGUACUCAAGCACAUGAUUCACGGACCGUUCUGCAACCACGCCUCUCCAUGUUGGAAGAAAGGAACAUGCAAUUGCAACAAAUCGGUCAAAGGUGAAAGAGACGGUGAACCAAACAGAAAAGUCGGUCACUGCGUAAAGCAGGGCGGCGUGAAUAUUACACAGGCGGAUGGACCUCACAAAUAUUAUAAUGAGCAAUCGGAAUCUGUCGCAAUAUCAGGUCAAAGAUAA